AUGUCUGUAGCUAUCAGAAAGAGAAGCUGGGAAGAACAUGUGACCCAAUGGAUGGGACAGCCUUUCAGUUCUGAUGAUAAUAACAUAGCAUGUCAUCAUGGACUAGUAGCUGAUAGCUUACAGGCAAGUAUGGAAAAAGAUGCAACUCUAAAUGUGGAGCACAAAGAGAAGUGUGCUUCACUCCCUGACUGCUGCCAUGGAUAUGAGCUGAGAGAUUCAUCUGGGAGACCCAUGGGUCACAUUUCAAGAGAAGUGGAAGAAAACUAUGGCCAUGAAAGUGACGAUCAAUUUCUUUCUCUGGAAGCCAGUACAGAAACAUUAGUGCACAUUUCUGAUGAAGAUGCAGAUUCUGAUCUAUAUCCUACAGAUGAUAACCACAUCUUAGUGGCUCAAGGGCAAAAAACAUCUGAUCAACAUAGCAUCGAAGGAGCAGGCUCCUUCGAAAAGAAGCUGCACAUCAUAGAAAGUAAAGAUUCUUAUAACUCUUGGGGAAUGGUUGGUGGAGCCGAUUUAGCACUGAUAGAAGAAAGGAGCGAGAAAAAAGUGGCUGAAAUUUUAAAUACAAACCUGGAACUUUGUAAUGUCAUAAGCUUAAGUGAAAUAAAAGAUGUUGCCAAAAUUAAUGCAUGUGAUUCUGUGAAUGUGGAUGGCUUGGUGCCUGAGAAGCAAAUGCUCAAUUCUGCUGUAAUUGCUCAACAACGAAGGAAACCUGACUUCCCUAAAGAUGAACAUGAAGGAAACACCUGCAGUACUAUACAAGAUGAGUUCCUGGCUAUCCCUUGUACAGAUGGAGGCCUACCAUUAUUAAAAGUAGAUUCUGGGAGCUGUCUUCUGCAGUCUCCUUCCUGCCAUGAUGGAAUGUCUGCUGAAAAUGGCCUGGAGAAGAGUGGCUUCUCAGAACACCAAAACAACCUUCCAAAGGUCAACUCUGGAGGUGGCAUGCAGUGUUUACAAGUAAAGGAGACUCUGGCCACCCAGGAACCUACAGGUAAUCAAGUCAGGCUUCGAAAAAGAAAGGAAAUAAAAGAAGAUCGAGAUAGGGUGCGGCUAGACUCCAUGGUGUUGCUAAUUAUGAAACUGGACCAACUUGACCAGGACAUUGAGAACGCUCUCAGCACCGGCUCCUCAACGUCCAGCACGCCCACAAACAUGAGGCGCCACGUUCCUGACCUGGAGUCAGGAUCUGAAAAUGGAUCAGAUAUCAUGCCAGUAAAUCAGACACUGAUAAAUUUGUCUUCUAAUACUGAAUCCAUGGACCUACCAUCUUCCACUCCAGUGACCAGUUCUGGAACCAAACCUAAGGCCAUGGCUAUUGCAGGUAUUUCAGAAAAGGAAAAUGCUGAAAUUGAAGCCAAAGAAGCUUGUGAUUGGCUCCGGGCAACAGGCUUCCCUCAGUACGCACAGCUUUAUGAAGAUCUCUUGUUCCCCAUUGAUAUUUCCUCAGUCAAGAGAGAGCAUGACUUUUUGGACAGAGACGCCAUCGAGGCUUUAUGCAGGCGUCUGAAUACUUUAAACAAAUGUGCGGUUAUGAAGCUGGAAAUCAGUCCUCAUCGGAAAAGAAGCGAAGAUUCGGACGAAGAUGAGCCCUGUGCAAUAAGCGGCAAGUGGACUUUCCAGAGGGACAGCAAGAGGUGGUCACGGCUGGAAGAGUUUGAUGUCUUUUUGCCCAAGCAGGACCCCGUGCCUGGAUCCCCAGACAGCAGCCACCUGCAGAGUGCGCCGAGCCACGAGAGCAUGCUGACCGACCUCAGCGAGCGCCAGGAGGUGGCCUCUGUGCGCAGCCUGCCCACCCCCGCGCCCCAGAGCCGGGACGCCGCCACGCCCCGCACCAACUCGGUCACCAGCGUCUGCUCCUCCGGCCACCUGGUGGGCAAUGAGGACUCCUUCUGCAGCCUGCCCUCCCCCAAGGAACUGUCCAGCUUCAGCUUCAGCCUGAAGGGCCAGGAGAAGAGCGGCAAGUCCAAGGCACGCAGCCUGCUGAAGCGCAUGGAGAGCCUGAAGCUCCGCGGCUCCCAGCACGGCAAGCACAAAGCACCAUCCAAGCUGAUCAUCAGCGGGCCGGUCCUGCAGGAGGGCGUGGACGAGGAGAAGCUGAAGCAGCUCAACUGCGUGGAGAUCUCGGCCCUCAACGGCAAUCACAUCAACGUCCCCAUGGUACGAAAGAGGAGCGUCUCCAAUUCCACGCAGACCAGUAGUAGUAGCAGCCAGUCGGAGACCAGCAGCGCUGUGAGCACGCCCAGCCCCAUCACCCGGACCCGCAGCCUCAGCGCCUGCCACAAGCGGGUGGGCAUGUACCUGGAGGGCUUCGACCCCUUCAACCAGUCCACAUUCAACAAUGUGAUGGAACAGAACUUUAAGAACCGCGGCAACAACUACCCAGAGGACACGGUCUUCUACAUUCCAGAGGACCACAAGCCUGGCACUUUCCCAAAGGCCCUCUCCAACGGCAGUUUCUCUCCCUCGGGGAACAGCGGCUCAGUGAACUGGAGGACCGGAAGCUUCCACGGCCCUGGCCACAUCAGCCUGCGGAGGGAGAACAGCGGCGACAGCCCCAAGGAGCUGAAGCGUCGCAAUUCCUCCAGCUCCGUGAGCAGCCGCCUGAGCAUCUACGACAACGUGCCCGGCUCCCUCCUCUACUCCAGUUCCGGUGACCUGGUUGACCUGGAGAACGAGGACAUCUUUCCAGAGCUGGAUGACAUCCUGUACCACGUGAAGGGGAUGCAGAGGAUUGUCAACCAGUGGUCAGAGAAGUUUUCUGAUGAGGGCGACUCGGACUCAGCCCUGGAUUCUGUCUCUCCCUGCCCAUCCUCUCCCAAACAGAUACACCUGGACGUGGACCACGACCGAGCCACGCCCAGCGACCUGGACAGCACAGGCAACUCACUGAACGAGCCGGAGGAGCCCUCAGACAUCCCCGAGAGGAGGGAUUCGGGUGUUGGGGCCUCCCUGACCAGAUGUAACAGGCACAGGCUGAGAUGGCACAGUUUCCAGAGCUCUCAUCGGCCGAGCUUAAACUCCAUGUCACUACAGAUCAACUGCCAGUCUGUGGUCCAGAUGAACCUGCUGCAGAAGUACUCGCUCCUGAAGCUGACCGCCCUGCUGGAGAAGUACACGCCUUCCAACAAGCAUGGCUUUAGCUGGGCUGUGCCCAAGUUCAUGAAAAGGAUCAAGGUUCCAGACUACAAAGACCGGAAUGUGUUCGGGGUCCCCCUGACCGUUAACGUGCAGCGCACAGGACAACCCCUGCCCCAGAGCAUCCAGCAGGCCAUGCGCUACCUCCGCAAUCACUGUUUGGAUCAGCUUGGACUGUUCCGGAAAUCAGGUGUCAAGUCCCGGAUCCAGGCUCUACGCCAGAUGAACGAAAGUGCCGUAGACUGUGUCAGCUAUGAGGGCCAGUCAGCUUACGACGUGGCGGACAUGCUGAAGCAGUAUUUUCGAGAUCUUCCCGAGCCCCUCAUGACCAACAAACUCUCGGAGACUUUCCUGCAGAUCUACCAGUAUGUGCCCAAGGACCAGCGGCUCCAGGCCAUCAAGGCUGCCAUUAUGCUUCUGCCUGACGAGAAUCGGGAGGUGUUGCAGACGCUCCUUUAUUUCCUGAGCGAUGUCACCGCAGCCGUGAAAGAAAACCAAAUGACUCCCACCAACCUGGCUGUGUGCUUGGCCCCAUCCCUCUUCCACCUCAACACGCUGAAGAGAGAGAACUCUUCUCCCAGGGUAAUGCAAAGAAAACAAAGUUUGGGCAAACCAGAUCAGAAAGAUUUAAAUGAAAACCUGGCUGCCACUCAAGGCCUGGCCCACAUGAUCGCCGAGUGCAAGAAGCUCUUCCAGGUCCCUGAGGAGAUGAGCCGGUGUCGGAACUCUUACACCGAACAAGAGCUGAAGCCCCUCACUCUGGAAGCCCUGGGGCGCCUCCACAGCGAGGAGUCGGCCGACUACCAACACUUUCUCCAGGACUGCAUGGAUGGCCUGUUCAAGGAGGUCAAGGAGAAGUUCAAGGGCUGGGUUAGCUACUCGACUGCAGAGCAGGCCGAGCUCUCCUAUAAAAAGGUGAGCGAAGGGCCCCCGCUCAGGCUCUGGAGGGCGACCAUUGAGGUGCUGGCCACGCCCGAGGAAAUCCUGAAGCGCCUUCUCAAAGAGCAGCACCUCUGGGACGUCGACCUGUUGGAUUCCAAAGUGAUUGAGAUCCUGGACAGCCAGACAGAAGUUUACCAGUAUGUGCAGAACAGCAUGGCGCCCCACCCCGCCCGGGACUACGUGGUGCUGAGAACAUGGCGGACUAAUUUACCCAAAGGGGCUUGUGCCCUUUUACUCACCUCUGUGGACCAUGACCGGGCCCCCGUGGUGGGGGUGAGAGUCAAUGUGCUCCUGUCCAGAUAUCUGAUCGAACCCUGCGGGCCAGGGAAAUCCAAACUCACCUACAUGUGCAGAGCUGACUUACGUGGCCACAUGCCCGAGUGGUACACAAAAUCUUUUGGACAUUUAUGUGCAGCGGAAGUUGUAAAGAUCCGAGACUCUUUCAGCAGUCAGAACUCUGAAACCAAAGACCCCAAAUCUAGGUGAUUUCCUGAAGCACAGCACCUGUCCCCACCGUCCAGCGCUUGCUUCGGCAGUGCCUGCCAGCCCUGGAACUCAUGGAUUCUGUGUCUAGUCCUGAAACAAAGAAAACUGCAACUUGGAGUGUAGGAAUUGCCUCUAGUGAUUUGAUACAUUUUUUAAGCUGCUUCCCCAUUUGUUUAAGGUCUGUCCUGGACCUUGACUGGAAUAUAUGAGACUGUGCAAAAAGAAGAAGAAGGAGAAGAAGGAAAAAAUAAAUAAUUGAAUUGCUUCUGAGAAGCAAGACUAUAUAGAUACAUUAUAGGAGCUAAUGAAGUGACUUCAUUCUCUUGUGAUAUCGCUGUCUGUGUACCUGGGUCAUUUAAUUUGCAACGUGCUGAGGGACUGUGUAUCCACUGGAAUAGUUGGUACUCUGACAAGUUUUCUCACUGAGAUGAGCAAAGAAAGGUUUGCACAGAGGAGUGUGUGUACGUGUGUUUGUUGCUGGUUGAGUGGCAUAGAUGUAUAAUUUGGAAUGCAGUGGCUGGCACACUGAGACGCCUCUGAGAAGGAUAUUGAUGCAUCGGGUUCAGUUUAACCUGGAAUGUCUGACUACCCCAGGAACCAUCCAGAAAGGGAACCCCAUUCCUUAGCCCACCUAAGAUUAUUUUUUCUUCCUGAGUUAAUAAGCAUAGUCCUUCUCAUCCAGUUUCUUAUUAUUCCUAAAAGCCGUCAAUUAGCCUUAGUUUCCUAUUUCACAUAUACUUGUUCUUUAGUCCCAAUUGCAAAAAGUGAUAUAAUUUGUAACCAACAUCAGUUAAUUCAAUGAACUCCUGCCCCAUCUUUUACUUGCUCCAAUACACAGCUUUGCUUUGCUUUUUAAUGUCAAGAUAUGGAAAGCGAGCACUCUAACACGUAUUCCCAACUCAAGCAUGAAAACAUAUCUGAAGAUUGUUUCGCAUUUUCAUGUCUGUAAUAGAAACUCUAUGUUCAAUAACAUAGACAACUGUGUUUGUCCAGAGGAAUUUGUGAAUUUCACCCCACCACAAAAAUUGUUUGUUGGUGGUAUUAUAACAGUGUUUUUGGAAGCUGCAUGUGUUUAAUUAAAUUUCUCCCUAUAAGCAAAUAGGUUUUGUGGGUUUAUAACUUUUAAAUUUUGCUUUUAUUUUUUAUAUUUUAUAACUAUGCCCCAGAUAUAUACUUUAGUGGUAAGGGAAAAUAGUAAUUGUAGUGGAGAGGAAAAAUACACCACACGGCUUUUUUUUUUUUUUUCUUGAAGGGUAGUCUUUCUACAGGUUUUACUGUAAUGAUAAAAGAUGGGCUCAAGAGACAGUAUUAGUGAAUUUAUUUUGUAUGGAUCAAAAGUGAAUAAUGUAUGAAUGAGACUUGUAAGAAGGAUUUUUAUUUUGUUAUACUAUAAUAUAGUUACCAUUGUCAGUAUUAUUUCAGAGGCUCUUUAAAGAAUUAGAGGGGGCAGAUUAGAGUUUUAAAUUUCUAGUAUUUUGGAUAUCAGUGUUUUCAUGAAGAUAUACUUGUAUAUUCAAUUUUAGUGGCUUUCAGAUUUGUAAGAUUGUUGUAUAUACCAUUCUAUUAAAGGAACAUGCACACGUGUGCACUCUGCUUCCAAACAUAAACAAAGCAUGAUAAAGAUUAUUAUUUAAAAUAUACGUGUAUUUAUACCUCAGAUAUUCCUUUGGGUUUUGUACCUCAAAGCUUUUUUCUAAUGUAAAUACACUUUACAUGAAUACAAAUCUAAGUGAAUAAAAAGAAUAAAAAUAAAAGAAGAGGUUUAUAUCUUGCGCUAUAUAUAUCUGUACAGAAUAUAAUCGAAAAGUGCACUAUGAAAUGUUCCGUGAAGGGGAAAGUCUGGCCCACUUCCUUUGUGCUGCAUCUCAUACCACCCUUAGAGCUCAGAUCACAAAGCAUGGACUAAGAGGGAAAUAGAGAUUUGCUGAAGGAAAACUCAGACUAAAUCAUUCCAAGGCCAAACUGCCUCUGAGCCAUUCACUAACAAACAGGAAACCCUGGUGAAGGUUCAGGAAGCGUGGAGCGUCUCUCCACAAAGGUCGUUAGGAAAUGGUGCUGAGAAAGCUACAAGAAUAAGCAACAGCAACAGAAAGAUGCUCUUAAGCAAAGCCAAGGUCACCGGUUCAUGCCACAAAAGGUCUCUUUCCCACUGUUUGACUUUCCUGUUGAGGAUUCCUUACAUAUUUCACAGGAGUUGAAUUCAAAGGAUGCGGACAAUAUUCAAGAACUCUGCUUAAAGUCACCGAAAGUGAAACUGCCACGACUUACUAAUUGUGACUAAUUGCCUAGAUUGUAAGCUCUCUGAGGGCAGGGCUCUCCUAGAUAGCCUUAUAACCCCCUGCAGCAGCUUUCUGUGUUUUGUACUUGUAGGCACCUAAUAAAUUUAUUAUUUGCUAAAUGGAA